AUGUCCUGCACCAUUUCCGGUUGUUCGUGUGGCUACGGCCGAUACAAGUGUCCCAGGGCUGUCGCUCGAAUCGUCAAGUCGAAUCCUCACGUCGGUCUUCUGACGCUUGCUUCCAAGGAUGACGCGGACGGCUGGCAGAAGCACGUUCCAGGCCGUUCGACUAUCGGGUCUCGCGUUGACUUUAGUGCAGGAAAGUUGAAAGUCUUCAAGAACCUGUGUCGUCGACUUGCAACGGAUUCUCAGCCAGGAGCUUCUUUGUCGCCCUACAACGCAGGCGAUUCGAGUGCUUCGUCUUCCUCUACUGUCGUCGCUUCGCCCUCUUCUAGUGAUCGUCGCCUCGUUACGAUUGAAGAAACCCUGGUCAUUCCAGAUCCACCUCCUGGCUACGAAUUACACAGCAAGUCUGUUGACGACCGACCGACGGCCAAACCACGAGACCUCCCAACCAACGAGUUACCGACCAUUAAACCGAUCAUGGACGCCAUCCUAUCCGUUGCAGCGCGUACAUUCGAGGCGGAACCAUCCAAACAGUCUGAGACGCUUCUCCGUUUUCUGGAAGAGACCCUCAUCAUGAUGCACGACCAACUCAAGGCCGACAACGAGUCGCCCUGGGAUUUCUGGAAUUACGCUGCGAACAAGAAUAUCAUGGAGGGUUGUAUCAGGUCGAUGAUGGAUAUGUCGGAUGAUCAUACCAACUCUUUAUUGAAAACCUAUGCGAAUGGAGAGAGGGGGAAGAUUGGGUACUAUAAUUGA